AGAAAUGGCAUUACACCUGCUGCGUCAAAAUUAACAGCAAGGGUUUAUGCUUAAACCCUAAACCCCAUCUUCUUCUCCAGCAAGACACUUAAUCUAAACAAAGAAAUGAUUCUCUACCGUACCUCUUCAAUGCUCCAUUUUUAUCGAUUGUCAUCGCCUACUAAACACUUCUCCAAAUUCAAAACCUCCAGUUCAUUUUUCUCCAGUUCCGUAUUAUCCUCUUCUUAUCCACCUGGCGUCCACUUCAUUUGUCUCAACCAAUCAAGCGGCAGACCUUUUAAGGGAUUCUCUACUGCUGCCACCGCAGUAGCGGACAAAAAGGGAUCAAGCAGCACGUUUUUCGCCGACGACGCUGUUUCCUGGAAUUCUCUAGGUUUAUCAGACCGCCUCUCUGGUGCUCUUGAAAAUUCUGGCUUCGGUAGACCCUCUAUUGUUCAGGCUUCUUCCAUAGCUCCUAUACUAUCAGGAAAAGAUGUGGUGAUUGCAGCGGAGACUGGUAGUGGUAAAACACAUUGCUACUUGGUUCCUUUAAUUGAUAAACUAUGCGCUGCACUGGAUGGUUCAGAGAAUACUAAUGCUGAUGAAGGAUUGGCUCCUUCCCAUAGACUUUCUCUUGUUCUUUGCCCAAAUGUGUUGCUAUGCGAACAAGUUGUUCGUAUGGCUAAUGGUCUUUCUGGAGAUGAUGGUGAACCACUUCUAAGAGUUGCAGCUGUCUGUGGGCGACAGGGAUGGCCAGUUGAUAAACCAGAUAUUAUUGUGUCAACGCCUGCUGCUCUCUUGAAUAAUAUAGAACCAAAAAAAGGUCGUCGCGUGGAUUUUAUUCGUGGUGUGAAAUAUGUGGUAUUCGAUGAAGCUGAUAUGCUUUUGAAUGGAAGCUUUCAGAAUCAAGUUAUCCGUCUCAUAAACAUGCUCCGAUUUGAUGAAAAGCAAUUGUCUCAAAUGAAUAAAUCUGGAGCAGAAAAGCUAAUGAAAAAAACUAAUGAUUCUUUGCCAAACUCUGACUCAGAAGAUGAACAAUAUCUGCAAAAUGAUGAUACUGCAGAGAGGGAGGAAAAUUCUGAGAGUGAUGUUGAUGUUGAUGUUGGAGACUUAACGGAGGAAACUAAAUCUGGGUCUAUUCAGAAAAAAGAUUGGAGGAGAGUAAGAAAAAGUUAUGAGCGCAGUAAGCAGUACAUAUUUGUUGCAGCAACCCUUCCAUUUAACGGAAAGAAAACUGCUGGGGCAGUGUUAAAACAUAUGUUCCCAGGUGCCACUUGGGUCAGUGGCAACUACCUCCAUUGUCACAACCCCAGAUUGAAGGAAAAGUGGAUUGAAGUCACUGUGGAUACACAGGUGGAUGCACUCAUAAAUGCUGUGAAAGAACGCUUUGUUUGUGGCACUGACAUAAGUCGAACUAUGGUAUUUGCAAAUACUGUUGAGGCUGUUGAAGCUGUGGCUAAGAUACUAGAAACUGCUGGGAUUGAAUGUUAUCGUUACCAUAAGGACCACUCUUUAGAGGAACGUGCUAAUAACUUAGUUAAUUUUCGGGAGAAAGGUGGAGUAUUUGUUUGCACUGAUGCUGCUGCACGUGGUAUCGACAUUCCAAAUGUUUCACAUGUUAUUCAGGCAGACUUUGCUACUUCUGCAGUAGACUUUUUGCAUAGGGUUGGUCGCACAGCUCGGGCUGGUCAAUAUGGACUUGUCACUAGCCUUUACACUGAAUCGAACCAGGAUCUUGUUGAUGCAAUUCGUCAAGCAGGAAAACUGGGUCAGCCUGUGGAAACAGCAUUCAGCCGAAAAAGAAGCUUUCGAAACAAGCUUAAGAAGAGAGCAGGUUCCAGCAAAGUUAGAGGCACAUCAACUGUUGAAAUGGUGACAGUUUAAGGAACUUGGUACUUAAAGGAGUAUACAUCCCUUGGGUUUUCAAGUUUUUCUUUCAUGUAGUAAUGUAUAUGUCAAUGAUAUUGUACUUGUUCCGUUAAGUUGAUACAUAAUGCUUACAUGCUAGAAAGUGAAAGGCACCAGAGCUCGCUAUCCUUUUCCCUCUUUUAUUUU